AUGAAGGUGACCCAUUCCGACUGGUUCCUCGCCGGUACCUACUGCCCUCUUGGGAGAGAUGCAGUCUUGGGUGGCAUCGUGUACCUUCGGGAGCAUGUGACGCCGCAGGACAUGGUGUACCUUCGGGAGGGAUCAACGGGUGGCUGCGCCGACGGCGAGUGGGCUUUGCUGGCACCCUCAAGUGGAGACUUCAUCGACAAGGAAGAGGACGAAGAGGGUCAGCCGUCGCUGGUGCUGGAUGACCCGGGCACCACUCAGCUAGCCGACUAUUGGCUCCAUCCCUGCGAUUGCGCACCCGAUGCUUGGGGACCUGAGCUGCCCGUGGAUCCUCAAAUGUACGAGCAUCUUCCGGCCAACAGCAGCAACCAGUUCACCCCGACCCCCUACGUCAUCGUCACGGGGCAGCUUGUUUGCCCUUCUCGGCAACUACUGGGAGGCGGCAACGGCGUGCAUUUCCAGUCAGAGGAGGAGGUCCUGGAGCCGGCAGACUGCGAGGCCCGGUGUCGGGAGCAGACGACCUGCCUCUUCUUCUGGCAUGGAUCUCAACACGGCGCAGCGACCUGCCGCUUGUUUACCGGCUGCGACAAUCUUGUCCGCGAGUUCAGCCUGGAGGGAGACCUUAAGGUAAUGCCGCGCAGCCCAAGCUGCUCAGUUGCCGACGCCGCGAAAUGUUGGGCGACCUCUCUGCGCAGGAGCUUCCUGUCCAUGGCCUUCAGCCCAGAUGGUGGCACCUCCGUAAGAGCUGCCGGGAGCGUCGGUCUCAAUCUGCCGCCGAAGCCAGCAGCGCCACCGUCCGACGGAAUGUUUGCGUGGUUUGAGAGCGAGAACGCGGGAUCCGUUUGGCGCAGCUCCGUGGGAGAUUUUGAAGGCUACUGCAGCAAGAACAGCGUGUUCCGUCAUGUCGCGGCAGGUUACGGCGCCGACCGCCCUGUGACCUACAUCCAGGGAUACACAUGGUCCGGAUUCACCUUCGGCGACGUGCUACCCCCCACGCAUACCGUUUGCUCCAUCACACGCUAUACCGGUUCGCACAGAGGUCGCAUCUUGCAAUCCAAGCGUGGCAGGAAUUGGUUACAUGGCCACUGGGCAAGCUAUGUGGGUGUCAUCCACUACAACACGUGGCUCACACCGAACGAGAGGAACAAGAACGUGCAAGAUUGGCUGGUGCUUUGCGGCACCAAUGGCGCUACACGUGCCUUCGAUGGCAUGUCUUCGGGCACUCCGACCAACAUUGCGACCAAAGCCCCGAAAAAGUUCACCGAAACAAUACCUUUGUACGUCAACCACGGCUACGACGAAAAGUCUGAUUUUGCAGUCAUGGAGGUGAUUACAUGGGACAGGGUGUUGUCGGAGGAGGAGAUGCUGGCCACUGUCGAUUAUUUGAAGUGGAAGUUGAGGGCAGGAGCCGUGCUUGAGGCGUCGGAGCACCUUGCCACAGAAUCCCAGCACAACUUGGAUGCUUGGGGCGUUCAAGACUUGAACAACAUGCAGUCUGAGACGACCGAGGUCACCUUUGCCAACGGCUACAAAGCAGACCUGACAGGCUGGACACACACUCGUUACUAUGCGCGAGGUUUUAUCACAAACAAAAACGACGUAGCCACGGCCGUCGUGAAAGGCCUGACACCGGCAGCACAGUACCUCUACCAGAUCUACAUGGUCCAUGAGAUAUCCAACUGGCAGGGUGAAGCCAAGGUAUCCGUGAACCACGGAGUGCAGGCACGAGCCCAGCAGAAUGGCUUCAACGAGGCCAAGUUUGCCGGAGUGGCAGUGGCAUCGCCCAGAGGCGAGAUCAAUUUCGAGUUCCAACGCGUCUCCCCCCAUUGCCAGCUCAGUAGCAUCGCCAUUGCAAAGGUAGGACCAAGUACCGAUGCCAAGCCUGCGGACCCGCCAUCGCAGGGCAUGUAUGCCUGGUUUAAGAGCGAGAACGCGGGAUCCGUUUGGCGCAGCUCCGUGGGAGAUUUUGAAGGCUAUUGCAGCAAGAACAGCGUGUUCCGGAAAGUGGAAGCAGGCUAUGGCGCCGACCGCCCUGUCACCUUCAUCGAGGGCGCCAAGGGGUCCGGCUUUACCUUCGGUGACGUGCUUCCUCCGACCCACAGCGUGUGCUCUAUCUCUCGUUACGCCAGAGGUCCAGAUGGAUCCUCGUCCAGAGGUCGCAUCUUGCAAUCCAAGCGUGGCAAGAAUUGGUUACAUGGCCACUGGGCGAACAGAGUGGGUGUCAUCCACUACGACACGUGGGUCACAUCGAACGAGAGGAACCCGAACGUGCUUGAUUGGUUGGUGCUUUGCGGCACCAAUGGCGCUACACGUGCCUUCGAUGGCAUGUCUUCGGGCACUCCGACCAACAUUGCGACCAAA